AUGGCACUGUGGAAAAUCAAUUGCCUCACCUUGCCCCGGCUCCCUGUGAAUUUGGCCGUCAAAAAAAGCAUCUCGCAAUUCAAGAACCCGCCGAAUCUGACGAUUCGGGAUGAGGCACUGGGGAACCUCAUCUACUCACGCAACAUCUCCAGGAAUAACCGGUUUGCCGCUGCGGUCGCCCCACAGCAGGGGGAUACGCCGUUGAGGUUUCUGACCCGACGGCUCGGCCAUGCCUACGAAGUAUACCCGCUCCUUGGACUAAUGGGCUUCUGGGUGGCUUUGGUUGGGGUUUUCGGCUAUUUGAGCUUGACGAAGGUGGAGCUGUGGAUUGACAGAUCCACCGAGUCGGCCCCCUGGGAUUGGUCUCGUAUCCGGAACAACUACUGGAAGAAGCAAACGUUUGGCCUCGGCCAAAACUUCGAAAGCACCCACAAGCGACUCCCGAUCAUGGAGCAGCUGCAGGACGAGAUGCUCGAGGCGGCGAAGCAGCGCGGGACUCGCCAU